CUAUCAAUAGCUUUUGUAGCCAAAGAAGAAUCUGAUUCGGAACAGGAACAUCAAGAAGCGUACAUACGCCAUUUUUUCAAUUGUUCCAUCCUCAUUAUCAUCAUCAAAUAGAAUUAAAUAGAAUUAAAAAUGAUGCAACCAUCGCCGACAUACAAUAAGAAUGAUGGUGGUGGUGUUUUUACUAAUGUUGCUACGAGAGGAACAGCUUCACAACCUACAGUGAUGAAUCCUCAAUUGGCUUUUAAAGAAACUGAAGAAGAAGCUUCGGAGCCUAAAAAGAUGGCUGAAAAUGUUGAUCAAUACUUUAGAGAUGUUCAAGAAGUGGAUGAAUUUCAAAUUGCAGAGGAGCAUCAAUUAUCAUUUUGGUGGUUUAAUCCAUUGAUGAAAACUGGUUACAAUAAGGUUCUUCAAUUAUCUGAUCUGUAUAAAUUGAGAAAAGUUGAUGAAGCUGCAUACCUUUCCGAUGACUUUAAGAAGAAUUGGGACAAGGAAGCAGCCAAAGCAAAAGAUCAUCAAGAUGUCGAGUCACACGAACUCGAUGAAAAUAUUAAGAAGAAAAAACAAUCCAAACCAAGUUUAAUUUAUGCAAUUCACAAGACAUAUGGUCUCAGAUUUUACUUGGCUGGUUUGUUAAAAGUUGUCUACGAUAUUUCUCAAUUGACCAGUCCAAUUUUGGUAAAGAUGAUCAUUUCAACAAUUAGAGAUUCCGAGACAGUUCCAGUUUAUCAGGGUUAUUUAUUAGUUUUAGGGCUUUUCCUUCUUCAAACAUUUAGUACUUUAUUUAUUCAACAAUAUUUCCACAUUGUCAUGUCACAAGGUAUGCGUCUCAAGACAGGGUUGAGUGCUGCCAUCUAUGCAAAGAGUUUAAGGUUAUCCAAUUCAGCAAGACAAAAAAUCAGUUCUGGUGAUAUUAUCAAUUAUAUGGCAAUUGAUGCUAACAAGCUUUGUGGUCUAGUGACAUAUCUACACAUGACAUGGAGUGGUGUUUUCCAAAUUUUUGUAUGCUUGGCGAUGUUAUUCUCACUCAUUGGUUGGUCAACCUUAGCUGGUGUUGCUAUUAUUGUUGUUGUUAUUCCCUUAAAUGGUGCUAUUGCCAGAGUAGUUCAAAAAAUUCGUAAGGCCAUGCUUCAAUUUACUGGUGAACGUAUCAAGUUUGUUAAUGAAGCUAUUCAAGGUAUUAGAAUUAUCAAAUUCUAUGCUUGGGAAAAUUCAUUUGUAAAAAAGAUUAUGGAAAUCAGAAAUAAGGAAAUGUGGAAGAUUACUCAAUCAACAUUUAUUGGUAUUGUUACCAGUAUGUUAAUGACUAUGGCUCCAUUGUUUGUCGGUGUUGCCACUUUUGCUAUCUUUGCUGCCACUGGUGGAUUGUUGGAUGCUGACAUUAUUUUCCCAUCCCUUUCCUAUUUCAACUUGUUGAGAUUCCCAGCUACCUUCUUGCCAACUAUUCUUGCCCUCCUUGCUGAAGCUAAGGUCAGUUUGGACAGACUUCAAAACUAUUUACUUGCCGAUGAAAUUGAGGAUAUUACUUUAGGAUCUGAUAUUGAUUGUCCAAUUAUUAUUGAAGAUGGUACCUUUAUUUGGAAGUCCAACCAAGAAAAGAAGGAAGAACCAGCAAGCAAGGAUAAGAAGAAGCCUGAAGCCAAAAAGCCAGCUCAACCUACUCUCAAAUCAAAGACCAAGAGUAAGGGAUCAAAGACUGAAAAGAAAAAGUACAAUGAAUUUGAAGAUGAAGAAGAAGCAGAAGCAGAUCAAGUCACUAUUGAACUUGCUGAAGGUGAGGAAGAAGAGGAAGAGGUAGUAGAAGCUUCUGAAGGUGAAUUGCAAUUUGUAGAUGAUAAGGAAAAGGCAUCAGCACCAGAAAAGAAAGACUUCACACUUCAACAUGUUAACCUUCAAGUCAAGAAGGGUGAUUUGGUUGUUAUUGUGGGUCUGGUUGGUUCUGGUAAAUCAUCACUCUUGUCAGCAAUUAUCGGUGAAAUGUUCAAACAAUCAGGAAACCUCCAAGUUUCUGGUAGUGUUGCCUAUGUUCCUCAACAAGCCUGGAUUAGAAAUGCCACUGUAAGAGAUAAUAUCUUGUUUGGAAAUCCUUUCAAUACUGAAAAAUAUUACAAGACUAUUGAAGCUUGUUGCUUGGAAAAUGAUUUGGAAAUUUUAACAGCCGGAGACAUGACUGAAAUUGGUGAAAAGGGUAUCACUUUGUCAGGUGGUCAAAAGCAAAGAGUUUCUUUAGCUCGUUCAGUUUACUCUGAUGCUGAUGUUUAUUUAUUCGAUGACGUUCUCUCUGCAUUGGAUCAACAUGUUGGUAGAUCUGUAUUCCAAAAUUGUAUUUGUGGAUUAUUAUCAAACAAGACUCGUGUAUUAGUCACUCACCAAUGGCAAUAUUUGAAGGAUGCUGAUCAUGUAAUUGUGGUUGAAAAUGGUGCCAUUGUUGCUCAAGGCUCUCACUCUGAAUUAGUUCAAAGUGAUUCCAAGUUCUCUUCCAUGCUCAAGAGCUAUUUCAAGCAAGACAAGGAAGAAGAAACUGAAGAAAAGAAAGAAAAGGAAGAAGAAGGAGAAAAGAGUAUCAAGAAGAGAGAUGGUAAAUUAAUGUCUACUGAGGAACGUGCUGAAGGUAGUGUCAAGGCUAGUGUUUAUAAGAGUUAUAUUAGAUAUGCUGGUGGUUAUAUUGUCUUGUUGGCCAUUCUUUUACUCUUUACAUUGAAUCAGGCUUCUCAAAUUAUGACAUCUUGGUUCUUGGCUGAAUGGUCAACUAUUGCCACACAAAGUAUACUGCCAACCAAUGGUACUGCAUCCAAUAGUACAAUGUACAACUCCACUGAACUCUUUGAUACCGUAUUCUCAUCUUAUGAUGUCAAUAAUGCUACUAAUGGCACUCUACCAGCCACUCCUACCGAAUUAGGCUACAAUUUGCCAAUGUUUAUUGGUAUUUACGUUGCUUUGGGUGUUGGAAGUGCCGUCUUUAUGUUCUUCCAAGAACUUUCCUUUGGUUUUUCUGGUCUUAGAGCUGCCAAACAAUUGCACUCCAAGGCUUUGGAUAAGAUUAUGAACUCACCAACUCAUUUCUUUGACACCAAUCCAGUCGGUCGUAUUAUUAACAGAUUCUCUAAGGAUACUGAAAGUAUUGACGGAAGUCUUAUCGGUACUUUGAGAAUGUUGCUGAAUUGCAUCUUUUCAGUAUUGGGUACUUUGAUUUUGAUUGCUACUGUCAGUUAUCUUUUCAUCAUUCCAAUUAUUCCAGUCUUGUUGGUUUACUAUUUUGUUCAAAAGUAUUACAGAAGUACUUCUCGUGAAUUGAAGAGACUUGAUUCCAUCAGUAGAAGUCCACUCUUUGCACACUUUGGUGAAACCCUCACUGGUAUUGCCACUAUUAGAGCAUACAGAAGACAAGAAGAAUUCGUAUUGGAAAAUCACAAGUUAUUGGACAGAAAUAACAAGGCCUACUUUGCUCAACUUGUUUCUCAAAGAUGGUUGGCUUUCCGUUUGGAAUUGGUGGGAGCUGUAGUUAUUCUAUUUGCUGCACUUGCUGCCCUAGUUGGAGGUACAACAGCUGCUAUGGCUGGUCUGUCAUUGUCAUAUGCUCUUUCUGUUACUUCGACUGCCUCUUGGUUGGUUCGUUGUGCAACAGAAGCUGAAGCUGCCAUGAACUCUGUUGAAAGAGUUCUCUACUAUUGUGAAGAAAUUCCACAAGAAGCUCCAAAGAGUAUUCCAGAAACCAAGCCAGCUGAAGAAUGGCCACAAAAGGGUGAAAUUGAACUCAAAAACGUCUACUUCAAGUACAGAGAAGAACUCGACUUUGUGUUGAGAGAUCUCAGCCUCCAUGUAAACCCAACUGAAAAGAUUGGUAUUGUGGGACGUACUGGUUGUGGUAAAUCAACCUUAAUGCAAGCUCUGUUCAGAAUUACAGAAGUAGCUCAAGGUCAAAUUGUUGUUGAUGGUGUAGAUAUUUCCAAGAUUGGUUUACAUGAUCUCAGAUCUAAAUUGGCAAUUAUUCCUCAAGAUCCAAUUUUAUUCUCAGGAACUGUCAGAUUCAAUUUGGAUCCAUUUGAUGAAUAUACUGAUCAACAAAUUUGGCAAGCUUUGGAAAGAUCUCACAUUAAGGAAAAGAUCAAGUCAUUGGAAGGUCAACUUUCUUACAAGGUUGCUGAAUAUGGUGAAAACUUUUCUAUUGGUGAAAGACAAUUAAUCUGUGUUGCCAGAGCAAUUUUGAGAAAGACCAAGAUUCUUAUCAUGGACGAAGCUACUGCCAAUGUUGAUAUGCAAACUGAUGCCCUUCUUCAAGAAACUGUUAGAACUGAAUUCUCUGACAGAACUGUCUUGACAGUUGCUCACAGACUCAACACUAUCAUUGACUCUGAUAGAAUUGUUGCUUUGAAGGCAGGUCAAUUAGCUGAAUUCGAUACUCCAAGAAACUUGCUCACCAGAAGUGAACAAUCCAUCUUUGCUUCUUUGAUUGAGGAAACUGGAAGAAAUAACGCUUCCUAUUUGAGAUCAAUUGUCAUGGGAGAAUUGGAUUAUAUGAAGGAAUUGAAAAAGUCACAAGAACACGACCAUUAAUAAAUUAUUAAAUAUAUUGAAAA